GUCGGCGCCACGACGCUAAAUGUGUGAAACCUCAAAAUACGCAGUCGAUUUUUCCCAAAAGAUAGGAAUGUUUUGCUUUUAAUCAAAUUAAAAAAAAACUAAGAAAAACACGAUGGAUUAUCGAUCCACCUCCCCACAAUCUUCAGAUCCAUUUUCCGAGGAAAUGGAAACGGAAUCCGUGAAGGAAAAAGCAAUAUUAACUAGGCCAAAAUUCAAUAGCACGAAUUUUAAAUCGGGAUAUAUGCCUGUGGAAAACAUUAAACCAGGAAUGACCGGACGAAAAACGUUUGCGUUUUGGACUUUACUGGUAUUAUUGUUUAUUUUGGUUAUUGGAAAUCUAAUUCUUACUGUUACGAUUAUCGGAGUGCUGAAAUUAGGACAAGGUAUGCAAAGUAUUGAGCUGGUACCAGAAUAUGAAGGCAUCAAAUUUUAUGGAGAAACAAAUUUGGAUCAUAUCUACAAACGCGACGGUAAAGUGGAAAGUUUCCAAGAUGAACCAAUGGAGAUAACUUCGAGGAAUAGUCCUAUUAUUAUGAACUUAGUGAAGAAUGGAAGAGGAGCAAUGAGAACUAAAAUAGAUCCAAACGAAACGCAUUUCAGAGGAUUGAAUUAUUUCGAAAUUAACAAUACAGAAAGAGAAACUAUUUUUACUGUUAAUAAUCCGACUUACGAAAAUCUUAAGUACGCCACUAAUUUAAGAUCAAAACUUGUUAAUACCAAUAGGAUAAGAAGUCCCAUAGAUGAAAAAUUGACUGUAGAUAGUGAAACAAUGAAUAUUCGUGGUUCCGAAGGUACAAACAUAAAUAGUGAAAAGUUAACUUGGUCAGCCGAUGAUGACAUACACUUGACAAGUUCAAAUGGUUCUAUAGUUUUAUUAGGAAAAGAAGGAGUAUUUAUAGAUUUGAAUAAAGUUCCCGUGGCAAGACUUAACAAUAAUUAUAUAACUUCUCAAUUCAAGAUUUGCGUCUGUAUGCCGCUAGGAAAACUUUUUAGGAUUCCUAUAGCAAACCCUAACGAUAGGGUUUAUUGUGAUCAUGUUAGCCUCGAACCCCAGUACAACCCCUGCAUUUAGAGUUAUUUUAAUUUCUCCUUAACGAAUUUUCAUUAGGAAAAAACUUUCUUGUGUAUUCGUACAAAUGGAUUUUUGAUGGUAUAUACCUAUAUUCUUUUUCACAUAAUGAAAUAAAAUAUCAAUUUUUUAGAUGUGUAAGUAUGAAGUUGCUGCUAGUUGAGAAUAAAUAAAUUUACUCGUAUUUUAGUCAUUAUAAAUAUUUUUGUAAUUUGAAUGGAUAUAUGGGUGUAUUUACAUUAUUGUUAGAACAUCCGUUUUUCUGGAAAUAUGAUUUUUGUUAUUCGAAAUGAACCACCUUGUAUUUUUGAAAUACUCAAUAAAUGUAUUUCAUAAAAUAUUUCCUAUACCAACUGCAGAGUUAUAGCUAGAAUUCUCAUGCAAUAUAUUUGCUGAUGUUAAAUUAUAUUUAAGACGGAUAUAAUUUAAUAAAUCUACUCUUAUUAAAUUCCCCAUAGUUCGACCAAUUCGGUGUGAAGGAGCAAGUGUAGCAAACAAAUCAAAAAUAUUUUCUAAUUUAUCUCUUUCAGACUCAAAAAUUAAAUGUAUGCCUAAAAUAAGCGAAUGAUUAUUAUUCGAAGGUAUAAUCAGAACCUUGUUAUUUUUAGUGACAUUAUUUACAGUAACAGUAACGGUAAUGAAACCCAUAAAUUGCUGUGGUACACCAUCAGCAAUAGUGAUAUGUAUUGAAGCAUCACAUUCAAUAGGUAGAUGGAGAGAAUAAAUUAGGGAAAAACAUUGGUUGCCAAGAGCACUAGAGUUGCUUCUAGUGUCAGCCAUAGCAACAACUUCAGUAUUCAAAAUUCUGACAAUCGUAUAAGGACGAUUAUCAUUCGGUUUCCUAACAAACGGAGGACAAAUAUCGGUAGUAACAGAAUUAGUAAUAUUCUCCGACAAAGAUAAAUCCACCACAGGAGAGAAUAAAAUUGGUAAAUCAGAUAAAAUAGGUACAUCUUAGUCAAUACUUCUACUGUUUUUGAAAACUUAAGUUCCGGCUUAGAAGUGACAAGAGAAACGGAACGAGAAGAUAAAUGGUUGUCAAUAUUUUCAAAACGAUAAUGAGAUACGGAAGAUAAAAAAUAUCUGAUAAAACUUAAAUGAACCUGCCAAUCAGCAGCCGAAAGUAUGGGAGCAAAUGAUUGUCGUCAGAUUUACAGGACCAGUCCGAACCUCGUUUUUUGAAUUACAAGAACGACAAUUUUGUUUUGUAGUAUUACUACCGCCACAACCAUAGCAAAAAAGAGACCUAGGGCAACGACAUUUUAUUAGGUGUCUUUGUAAAGACAAGCCAGAUCAGGUUCAAGUAAACGACAAUUAUUGCAAGACGGUGAUCGAUAACAAUCAGAGCAAAUCCUCGAUUCUUCAAUUCUUUUGUGAAGCUCUGUAAGUUCAUCCAUAGUAUUGGGAUUAUGCAAUUCUAACGCGGAAAUGAAAAACGGUAAAGAUUUCUGCGAAUCUUUGAAACACGACAUUGUUCAUCUACAACAUUUGAUAAACGAUUAAAAAUACAUGUCAUAGAAGAAAUAUAAACUGCUCUCCUUUCCCUUCACCAAUGACAGAGAGCGUGCCAGCGUGCUCGUUUUCCUUCACUUUACAACUCAACACCAAACAAUCCGUUACAACCAAAGGACUCAGCUUUGUACUCCCGUGAUUCUCGGGAGUACAAAAAACAGUGUACAAUACGCCGUUUACCGUUUUAAAAUCGGAAAAGUGAAAGUGUGCCUUUUUUUAAAUUGAAUUUCAGGUAAGUGAAACACAAUUUUCAUAGAUUUUAUUUUUAUUAUAAUCGUAUCUAUUAAUUUUUAAAUUCCACCUGUAUAUAAGUAAAAUCAUGUUGAAAAACAAAUAUGACAACUAAAUUGGUCCAAGCAUUUAUUUUUAAAUUCUUUGUUUUUUUUAGUUAUUUUUCAAGUUUUGGGAUAUAUUUCUCCAUAAAACAUUCUGUUUUUGUUUUUUCUGAAUCCACUUUAUCCCAUUCUAACUUUUAAAAACAAUAUCAUUUCUAUAUUUCUCAUAGUGUAUUUUUGUUCAUUUUUUCGACUUUUAGAAUACGAUAUAAUCAUGAACAUCCCUCAGAGAAAAACCCCGGCCCGGCCCCUCUUGUGGUUAGGUGACUGUUUCGUAAACUAUCAUAAAACUAAGAUAUUGUAAUUGUAGUACAUAAGUGUAUUGUUUGUAAAUAUAAUUUUAAUUGAAUUUAUAUAAUUUUCUUAUAUUAAAUUUAGUAAAUAAGCAAGUUUUUGAAAAAUUGUACAUACGAGUAUAAUAAAAGUUUUAUAAAAAAAUGUGAAAGGUUGUUUAUUUAUUAUAUUUCCUACAACAAUUUUAUUUGAUUGACAAUAAAAAAAGUGAAAUAUGUACAUGAUGUUAAGUAAUCGUUAACGUAAUUAAUAUACAUAAUUACAUUUUUUUAUAAUGUCGUUUUUGAUUUUUUUUUGUUAGUUUAAUUUCUCGGUCUUGGAACCAACAACGAAUUAGUUACAAGGUAAGUCACGAAGUUAGGCUACUCGCUCCACAGGUGAACUGUCCCCUUUACCACUGACUUAGAGCGUGCCGAGAGGCACCCACUUAAUUAAUGUUAGAUCAAAUAAUUUGUAUCUAAAAACCUUUCGGUCAGAGCCAUUGGUUUAUCUCAAAUAGCCCCGUACUCAGUGAUAAUCUGUGAAAAUGGUUGCCGUAUUGAAUGGGUUAAGUUUGAUGUAUACAUUUAUUUAAUUGAUACCACUCUCGUAUAAUGGCUUCGCUGCUUGUAUAUCUACAUCACGUCGAAACUUGUAUUGAACCUAGCAGUGUAGUUGGCGAGGUUGUCGAAUUGCUUAAUUGAACGAAAUUUUUAUUAAAUAAGUAACUUGCCCUUAGUCCAAAGAAGAGUUACAAACUAACAAGCUCAAAAACAAAGCCAUAUACAGGUGUAGAUAUAUAAACGUGUUGGAAAAUGAACCUUUAGAUAACUCGGAAAAUAUUACCACCUUCGUACAUCAAAUUAGAGACAAUCAAAAUUUUUGUAAAAGCCAUGGAUAAAGAUUUGAAAGUUGUUACUUUGGUUUUGGUACUACAAACUGGCUUCACGAAAUACUGUUGUGGAGUGGAACAGCCGAGAGAGAAAUGAAUAUUAUGAUAUGUCCGCCAAAACUUGAUCACGUUACUGGGCGAAUAAAUUUGAAAAAUGGAGUUAACCUCGAAAGGAUAAUGUUGCUACUGCUGCACAUCAAAUUAAGACUAAAAUUUUGUAAUAGCCAUGGACAACGAUGGAACAGGUUUCAAAGUUUUAAAACAAAAAAUUCCUUCUUUGAGUGACGAUAAAAUAAAGCAAGGUGUGUUUGUUGGACCCGACGUCAAAAAAUUAAUUAAAGAUCCGGUAAUCAUUACCACCUCAAAUGAAAAAUAAGGAGCUUGAUUACGUUUUUCAGAGUUACUGAAAACUUAUUGG